GUUUGCUAUCAUCACUGUAUUUCUUAUUUUCCUAACCUGCAUCAUUUAUGACUUCCAAGUGGACCAAAUGACCAAGUGGUUAGAGCGCGAAUUUAUUGACCGGAAGGUCCGCAGUUCGAACCCGAACUCUGCUUCUCGACUUCCCCUGUCCAGGCUUGGGCGACCCGGAAGUAUCCCAGCCCUCGUGCGGCAUGGAAUCCAGGCACCGAAAGGGUCGAUUGAAGCACGUGAUGUGGAAAGCCAGCGCAAGAAAGAUCUUCUCCGGACUGCCUUGAAGGAGGGGAAGCGUUUGCCUAAGGAACUAGAGAAUAAUGCUUUGGAUCUAAAUGAGGAGCUUGAUUGGAGUGAUGAAGGCGGUGAUGGCGUUGCGGCUGCGGAAGAUGACGAAUAUCUGUGGGCUGGAACCGAGGAUCCCCGCGUAGUGGUGACGACUUCGAGGUCUCCAAGCUCAAGACUGAAAGAGUUCGCCAAGGAACUUCGGUUUUUGAUUCCAAAUGCUACGAAGAUCAAUCGUGGUAACUACCAAAACAAAGAUCUGCUGGAAGCUUGUCUUGCUAAACAGAUUACUGACUUGGUUGUUGUAAAUGAAACUCGAGGAGUUCCGGACACGCUAACGAUCAGUCACUUACCAUUUGGACCCACUGCCGUUUUCACUUUGUACAAUGUCCAUGCUAGGCAUGAGAUGGAGGCUAUCGGCCGUGGCUCCGGCGUCAAAAUGCCUCAAGCCUACCCGCAUCACAUCUUUCACGGGUUAAAUUCAAAACUCGGUAUGCGCGUCAGGUCUAUUCUGAAGCACCUCUUUCCUGUGCCCAAGGAUGACAGCAGACGCGUAAUCACCUGGUAUGAAGAAGAUGACGUCAUACUCUUCCGUCACCAUACCUAUAAGUACGUGGACAAGGAGCUUCAAGUGCAAGAACAUGGACCAUCGUUCGACAUGAGGCUUUACAAAAUCUGGCGGGGACCACUUCACGAAGAGGCUGCGGCAGACGUCGAAUGGGUGUAUCGCCCCUACAUGUCCACUACCUUCAAACGUCGUUUUUUAUCUGAAUAAAAGCUCCCUUUGGAAGAAAUAGUGUCACUUUUCGUUAUACUCAGCUUGGACACUCUUUGACUCUUAGGAUC